UUGAAUGUCAAAAUCCUUAAGUCAUUACACUAUAAUAAUAUAGUACUAGAUACAAAUUGAAAAACACUCUUUUUGGAUCAGUGAGCGCACUUACCGAGAGCCUGAAUAAAAAAAACAUAGUCAAUAAUUAAAUUCGUAUCAACUGACUUUUCCAACCAUAAAAAACUAUAGUAAUUAAUUAAUUAUUUUCCAUUGAUUUACAAUUUCUGUAAACUUAUGAGUCAUUGUUUUUAAAAGCAGGUAAAUAGUUUAGGGCCACAAGCUUUUUCCAAUGUUGCUUUUAACUAAAUCAGUUAUUUGGUAACCGCCAUUAAACAAUGUUGGCAGUAAUAAUCACUCUCCUCGUUUUACAUUCCAUGGAAGUGGAGGCCAAGUGGAAGACCCUUUAUUGCAGUGCACCCAACGACGAGUUUGGUGAAAUUUUGCUAUGCAAACUAAAGAUCAUCGAUCGGUACAGAAACUCUGUCAAUAUCAACUACAGAGUUAAGAAAGAAAUCAGUCAAGUAACAGCUCGCUUAGAAUUUUUUAAAAGAGGAAAUGGUUGGAGACCCUUUCUGUACAACAUUUCUACGGACGGGUGCAGCUUUCUCAACAAUCGCAAUAAUCUAAUAAUUAAUAUUUUUUAUUCGUACGUAAAGCCGUAUCUCGCCCAAAAUUUGACGUGUCCCAUAAAAGCAAACGAAGUCUUGAAACUGGAAAAUUUUGAAUUUGAUAUAAAUCAAUUUCGAAACCGUUUUCCCAUCGAAACGGGCGAGUAUGCUGUGCAUACGAGUUUGUAUAGCCGCAAGAAACUAUUAGUGCUUAUGAAAACUACGUUGGAGUAUUCAAACUAUAGAGAAAAUUAAGGAAUAAAUAUAUACAACUAUCUCAAAUGUCAAAAUCUGGAAUAAAAAAGCAGAUCUAGUACGUUGUAAGAUUCUGCCUAAAAUUAAAAUAAUUACACUCUAGCAGAACAAAAAUAUAUCAUUAUAUAAUGAAAAAUUAGUUCCGUAUCCAAAAGUAAUAAAUCCGAUCUUUCAACUGUAACAAAGUACAUGUUCAUUCAUAUUAAAGUUAUUAUUAAAAUCAGAUGGACUAUUAGCGUGAGCAUUUAUUGAUAAAUCCAUCGAUUUGAUUGAUUGACUAUUUUUGACAAU